AUGAUUAAUAAUCUUUUGGUCACAGUUCGAAUGACAAUCAGGGAUCCCAAUACUAUCGCUAUUGAAUUUUCCUAUAAUUUUAGCGAUUUCACAUAUAGAGCUAUAGAAUACCGUCUAGGUUUACAAUUUACAUACAAUACGGUACUGACGGAAAGACCUAAAGAAAUUAUGUUAGAAGAAAUAAGAAAUAUAUUAUUAAUUGGCCGUACAGGUCAAGGGAAGUCAUCUUUAGCCAAUAGCGGUGGUUUUCUUAGCCAAACUAAAAAAGCUCAAGCAAAAAUCGUUACUUUAAAGAUAGAUGUAGAUGGAGAGAAAAAGGAUAUAAAAUAUCAAAUCAUUGACACUGUGGGAAUUGAUGAUACAACAUUGAACAAACGAAAAGUGCUAGUUGAAAUAGCUAAAGGAUGUAAAAAGGUCAAAAAAGGGAUAAAUCAAAUUUUAUUUGUAUGCGGGGAAAGAUUGACACCACAAGAAAUUGAAGCUUAUAACAUAUUAAGAAGAAUUCUUUUUGACAAUAGGAUUGAUAAAGACAUUACUAAAUAUACUACGAUUAUUCGAACGAAAUUCGAAAAUUUUGGUUCUAGAGAAGAAUGUGAAAAUGACAUCCAAUUAUUAGUUAAAGAGAAAAAUGAAAUAAUUAAUGAAAUGAUCCAAUCAUGCAAUAAGAGAGUUAUUCAUGUAAAUAUUCCGUCAGUAAAUAUAAAAGGUGAAGGAGUCCAAAACCAAAUUAAUGUUAAUAAAGAGGCUCGUAAGAGAGCUAGAAAAAUAUUAAUAGAUCAUUUAGCGACUUGUAAGGGUAUUUAUAGACCAGAGAGUUUGAACGAGAUAGACCAAAGAAUUAAUGAUUCAUUAAUAGAAGAAAGCGAAAAUUUGCAGAAAAAACUGGAUGAAUUGCAAGAACGACUAAAUAAAUUAGAGAGAUCGACAUCAGAACAAACGAAAUUCAAUGCUGAAGAGUUUUUUAAAGAAUAUGAGAGAAGAAGGGAAUACUGUGAACUAAAAGAGAAUAUAGAUAAAAUAUUAAAGAAAAUAAACGAAAUUGAAGAAUGUAUAGAAACGGGUCUUUUUGAGGCUAUUGGGAGAGGUUUGGAUAAGCUAGUUGAAGUAUCAGUAGGAUUAGCAGAAAAAGCACUGGUAUAUAGAUGCUCAAUUUCGUAA